AUGGUUGAGAGGGCCAAAGUAUUGGAAAAGAAUGUGGCCGAAGCUGAGCAACAGAAGAGGCAACAACAAGCAACUAGAGGGCCGAUCAUGUCUAGGCCAAAUCUGAAUCGGGGCAGGAUGCCGUACCCUCGUCCAGCACAACCAUCGAAUUCAAAUGGGUCUCAAGCUAUGGUUAUUGCCGGACAGUCUGGGCAGUAUGGGAUGGUCAGAUGUUUUAAGUGUGGAGGACCACACUACCGAUCGUCGUGUCCUCAAUUGGGGGGAGCAAAAUAUUGCACUCGCUGUAGAAGAAACGGUCACCUGGAGCACGAGUGUAAUAUGGGAGGACGAGCGGCAAUGAGGCCGCCAAAUGCCGGGAGAAUGCAACAAGAUCGGGGUGGACGAGCGCAAGCUGUUGGCCGAGUCUACGCAAUAAUGGGCGCGGAAGCUGCCAGUUCAGGUACGCUCGUCACCAGUACCUGUUUAUUGUUUGGAAAGUCAUGUUGUCUAUUGUAUGAUUCGGGGGAAACACACUCCUUUAUUUCGAAGGCGUGCGUUGAGAAAUUGGGUAUAGCCGAACGCGAGAUGCAGUUCGACUUGGAUUUAGAAGUAAUCCUAGGAAUGGAUUGGUUGGCUGCCAAUCGCAUUCUCAUUGACUGUGGUGCAAAGGAAUUGGUGUUUCCGGACGAGUAUGAAGUAGAGCUAUCCGUGACGCUCGGUCAGCUAAAGGAAGACAUUGUGGAUGGCGCUAGUUGUUUUCUGAUCAUGACGCAUUCGGACGAACGGUUUGAAGGUUUAAGUCAUGAGCGAUCGACCAGUAAACUGAAUGGAGGACGAUCGGUCGUGGAUGACUUCCCGGACGUAUUUCCGGAUGAAGUGCCUGGACUACCUCCUCCACGCGAGGUAGAAUUCACGAUCGACUUGGUGUCGACCGCUGGACCCAUCUCUAUUGCGCCCUAUCGGAUGUCGCCAGCAGAGCUAACUGAACUCAAGGAGCAGAUUGAAGAGUUGAUGGAUAAGAAGUUUAUCAGGCCAAGCGCAUCACCUUGGGGAGCACCUGUACUCUUAGUGAAAAAGAAGGAUGACAGCUCUCGUCUUUGCAUUGAUUACAGGCAGUUAAACAAGCUGACUAUCAAGAACAAGUAUCCCUUGCCUCGGAUUGACGACUUGCUGGAUCAACUACAUGGUGCGACCGUAUUCUCAAAGAUUGAUUUGCGAUCGGGAUAUCAUCAAAUUCGGGUGAAGGAAGAAGACAUCCAGAAGACUGCUUUUAGGUCUCGUUACGGACACUACGAGUAUGUAGUGAUGCCGUUUGGUGUGACGAACGCCCCAGCAAUAUUCAUGGACUACAUGAAUCGUAUCUUCAGGCCGUACCUAGACAAAUUCGUGGUAGUUUUCAUUGAUGAUAUUCUUGUCUACUCCAAGAGCUACGACGAGCACGAGGAUCACUUGAGGGUCGUUCGAGGCGUCUUAAGAGAAAAGGAGUUAUACGCCAAGUUCUCUAAAUGUGAAUUUUGGAUGAAGGAAGUGCAAUUCUUGGGGCACGUGGUUUCAGCUGGAGGAAUCUCAGUAGAUCCGGCCAAAGUACGAGCGGUACUGGAAUGGGAGAGUCCACGCUCGGUAACUGAGGUUCGUAGUUUUAUGGGACUCGCGGGCUACUAUAGACGGUUCAUUGAAGGAUUUUCCAAGAUAGUAGCUCCGCUGACUCAACUGACCAGAAAUGAUCAACCGUUCGCUUGGACCGAUCGGUGUGAAGCAAGUUUCCAGGAAUUGAAGGAUAAGUUAACGAGCGCCCCAGUGCUGGUUAUUCCUGACACGGCCAAACCAUUCGUAGUGUAUUGUGACGCGUCUCAUCAGGGUUUGGGCUGUGUGCUCAUGCAAGAGAAGCGGGCAGUUGCGUAUGCUACUCGGCAACUGAAGGUUCACGAGAAGAACUAUCCGACGCACGACCUGGAAUUAGCAGCGGUCGUCUUCGCGUUGAAGAUUUGGAGGCACUACUUGUAUGGAUCGACAUUCCAAAGGCGUUGGUUGGAAUUCUUGAAGGACUAUGACUUUGAACUACUCUACCAUCCGGGAAAAGCGAAUGUUGUAGCGGACGCUUUAAGCAGAAAGGUAGUUCACGUCUCCUCCAUGAUGGUCCGAGAGUUAAGUCUAGUGGAGAGCUUUAGAGACCUAAGGUUACAGUUCGACUUGGAACCAAAUGUCAUUAGAUGCUGUAAUCUUAGAAUCUCCAGUGACGUAUUCGACCGGAUCAGAGUGAAGCAGCGAGAAGAUGAAGAGUUGCGAGCCAAGGCUGAACAUCAAAGGCCAGGCGGUCUACUUCAGCAGUUAGAGAUUCCGGAAUGGAAGUGGGACGACAUUACAAUGGACUUCGUGACCCACUUACCUCGAACGGUCAGGAAUCACGAUUCCAUAUGGGUAAUAGUGGAUCGACUAACGAAGAGUGCUCAUUUCCUAGCGAUCAACCUGAAGAUGUCUAUGACGAACCUUGCUAAGCUUUACAUCAAGGAAAUUGUUCGUCUACAUGGAGUUCCAUCCAGCAUCGUUUCAGACCGAGACACACGGUUUACUUCUCGGUUCUGGCGAUCGUUACAAAGCGAGCUCGGUAGUAAACUCCAAAUGAGUUCGGCUUAUCAUCCUCAGACGGACGGUCAGUCCGAGAGAACCAUCCAGACGCUUGAAGACUUACUGAGGACGUGCGUCCUAGAUCACAUGGGCGUCUGGGAUGAGGUCUUGCCUUUAGUGGAAUUCACCUACAACAACAGCUUUCAAGCCAGCAUAGGAAUGGCUCCUUUUGAAGCUCUGUACUGGAGAAAGUGCCGAACGCCCUUGUGUUGGUUUCAGGAAGGGGAAAAGGUAUUAACAGGACCAGAGCUUAUUCAGCAGACGACUGAGAAGGUGAAGUUGAUUCAAGAAAGGUUGAAGACGUCCAGGAGUCGACAGAAGUCCUACGCUGAUAAGAGGAGAAGACCCUUGGAGUUCAAUGCAGGAGAUCAUGUUUUCCUUAGACUACAUCCGACCACUGGUGUAGGGAGAGCUGUUCGACCCAAGAAGUUGUCUCCCAAGUUCGUCGGACCUUAUCAGAUCUUGAGGAAGAUCGGACCAGUCGCGUACGAGUUGUCGUUGCCGCCUCAGUUAUCCAACUUGCAUCCAGUUUUUCACGUUUCUCAACUCCGGAAGUACGUAGCCGACCCUUCUCACAUAUUGGAGUUAGAAGAUGUUCGUCUUUGUCAAGACCGUACGCUGGAGAUGCGGCCGAUACGCAUUGAAGACAGUGACACCAAAUACUACAAAAGAAAAGCUGUCAGAAUGGUAAAAAUAGUGUGGGACGAGAAGACUGGCGACGCUACUUGGGAAGUGGAGGAUGCCAUGAAGGAUUUGUAUCCCCAUCUGUUCGAUCCUCAGUCUUAA